GGAGAGAGAUGGCCUCAUCUCCAACUCUUUUUGUUUUGCUUAUCUUUACUGUCACUGGAACAGCAAUAGUAGAAUUAACUCCAAAUUUCUUCCAUCAAUCUCUUAUCAACCAUCACAAGAACUCAAAACCAAACAUUCCAUACAAGACCCAGUUCUUCCCUCAGCUUCUAGACCACUUUACCUUUAAGCCUCAAAGCUACAAAAUAUUCAACCAGAAGUACCUCAUCAACAAAAAGUAUUGGGAUCAUGGAAGUCCCAUCUUUGUCUAUACUGGCAACGAAGGCGACAUAGAAUGGUUUGCAGCAAAUACUGGUUUCAUGUUGGACAUUGCUCCCAAGUUCCGAGCUCUACUUGUCUUCAUUGAACAUAGAUUUUAUGGGGAGUCACUGCCAUUUGGGAAGGAUUCUUACAAGUCUGCUGAGACAUUGGGGUAUCUAAAUUCACAGCAAGCAUUAGCAGAUUUUGCGGUUCUAAUUCGGAGUUUGAAGCAGAACUUAUCUUCUGAAGCAUCCCCUGUAGUGGUGUUUGGUGGGUCUUAUGGAGGAAUGUUGGCAGCUUGGUUCAGACUGAAGUACCCACAUGUGGCAAUAGGAGCUGUAGCAUCUUCAGCCCCUAUUGUGCAAUUUGAUGAAAUCAUACCAUGGACAAGCUUCUAUGAUGCUGUAUCCCAAGACUACAAGAAUGCAAGCUUGAAUUGCUAUGAGGUGAUAAAGGGCAGUUGGGCUGAGCUGCAAGCACUGUCUGCACAGAGGGAUGGGUUGGCCAAAAUCAGCAGAAUUUUCAGAACUUGCAAGAACCUCCAAUCAAUGUACUCAGCACGAGACUGGCUUUGGAAAGCUUUUGUUUAUACAGCCAUGGGCAAUUAUCCCACUGAAGCCAACUUUGUGAUGCCAUUGCCUGCAUACCCUGUUACAAAGAUGUGUAAGAUUAUUGAUGGAUUCCCAUCCAAGACUACCAAGCGCAAUAGGGUGAUUGCAGCAGCAAAAGUGUAUUACAACUAUACUGGAACUACAAAAUGUUUCAAUCUAGAAAAUGGAACUGAUGCCCAUGGCCUCCAAGGUUGGAAUUGGCAGGCAUGUACAGAGAUGGUUAUGCCAUUGAGUACCUCUAAUGAGAGCAUGUUCCCUCCUUUGAGCUUUGAGAUUGAAGAGUUAGGAAAGUUUUGCAUGAACAGAUAUGGUGUUAUGCCAAGGCCUCAUUGGAUUACCACAGAAUUUGGUGGCUAUAGGAUUGAAAAAGUGCUCAAGAAGUUUGGAAGCAACAUCAUAUUCUCUAAUGGGAUGCAAGACCCUUGGAGCAGAGGAGGUGUGUUGAAGAAUAUAUCAGGCAGCAUCGUCGCACUUGUUACUGAGAAAGGAGCUCAUCAUGUAGAUUUCCGGUUUGCAAAGAAAGAUGACCCAGAUUGGCUUGUAGAGCAAAGGAGACAAGAGAUUGGGAUCAUACAGAGGUGGAUUGAUGAUUACUAUGCAGAUUUUUAAUAAAUGAUAAUUAGAUAUGUAUUAGUUCUAGGGUUUUGAAAUAAGUUGAGACAAUGGAGGAUGGGAUUGUCUUU